AUGAAUUACGAUCCAUCGAUGCUAGCACACUGUCUUCCUGAUUAUUACAAGUUGCUGUUUCCGUUCAAACCAUUCUGCAAGUGGCUUUGCUAUGGUCAAAAGCCAUCAGCAUAUUUCUCGUAUCGAGAAUUCGCAUUCAUUUUCGAAGGAGAUGUACACAUACGCUAUCGAUCGUUCAACGAUAUGCUCGAAUUCGAGAAAGAACUCUGCAAAAGCAGUCCCUUUAAACUGGAUAUUGGAGCCAUCUAUAAUCAUAAGCCAAAAGACAAUAAAAAGUUCUCGGAUUUCCGUGCGGAACAGCGUGAAUUGGUAUUCGAUAUUGACCUGACUGAUUAUGACGAAAUUCGGAAAUGUUGUUCUGGUGCAAAUGUUUGUAAGAAAUGUUGUCGAUGGAUAACAAUCGCAAUGAAAGUGUUGGAUAGACUUCUGAAAGAACAUUUUGGUUUCAAACAUCGACUUUGGGUAUUCUCGGGUCGAAGAGGAGUGCACUGUUGGGUAGCCGAUGCAGAAGCACGUAAACUGACCAAUCCGGGUCGAGCAGCCGUUGCCUCAUACUUAUCGUUGAUAUCGGGUCAACAAAAUAUUGUGAACGUUUCUGAGAAGAAAGGCUUCGUCCAUCCGGUGAUUAGUGAUGCAUAUCAGUUUAUCAUGGAGACCGGUGAAGUGGAUCGAAUGGUAGUGGAACAAGGCUGGUUGAGUGGUGAAGAGGGCUUGUCGGCGUUGACUGAGGGAUGCAAAGAUGACAAUGUUAUCAAUGAACUCAAAUCGAUUAUUAAUGAUGUUAUGAGAAUCGAUUCAAUCGAACAGCAAUGGCUGGCGUUGAGGAUAAAACUGGAUAGCGUGAAACGAAAGGAGAUGAUGGCACAGAAAGGUGUGGAGUUAUGCAAGGUCAGUUGUAUAGUCCUAUAA